CGAGCGAUAUGAUGCCAACUUCGCUGUAGUUUUUCCCGCAGUUUGGCGUCCACAUAGAUUGAUAAAAAAAUUAUUAGCACGAUUUUUCUAUGUAUUUAGAUCAAUAGGACAUUUUUCAACCCCUAUGAUUUACUUUCCAGUGUCGUGUUCAUGAAAUAAUUAUGCUAUAACAGUGUACAGUUUGUUUGACUUGAAAUAUUGUGGUGGAUUUUGUAAACAUCGGGACGUGAACGCAGGCCCACGUCUAUGAAUUCUUAUUGGCAGCAUGGCGGAAAUAGUGUACCCGCAAGGCUGCCGUCCAAUCACCGAUGACCUCGGUCCAGAUGAACUUGUCAGGAGACUUAAGGUCCUAGCCCACACGUUACAAGGUCUCGGCCAAGAUGAAGGUAUGUACCAGCAGUACAUACCGCUGGCGCUGCACCUGGCCGACGAGUUCUUCCUCACACAUCCCUCCAGAGAUGUCCAGUUGCUCAUCGCGUGCUGCAUCGCUGAUGUACUCCGAGUCUACGCUCCGGAGGCACCUUACAAAGAUCAGGAACAGGUGAAAACAAUAUUCCUGUUCCUGAUCAACCAAUUAAAUGGUCUUCGCGACCCAAAAGAUCCGGCGUUCAAACGUUACUUCUAUUUGCUGGAGAACCUCGCAUAUGUGAAGUCUUUCAACAUGUGCUUCGAGCUGGAAGACUGCCAGGAGAUCUUCUGUGCUCUCUUCUCGCUCAUGUUCAAGAUUGUCAACACGGAACAUUCCACAAAGGUGAAAUCCUUCAUGCUGGAUGUCCUAUGCCCGCUGAUCACGGAGUCUGACGUGGUCUCCAACGAGCUUCUCAACGUGAUCCUCAUGAACUUGGUGGAGCCGAACAAACGCGACCACAAAUACGCGUACUCACUCGCUAAGGAACUGAUCGUCAAAACCAGCGAGACACUUGAACCUUAUAUUCAAGCUUUCUUCAACCACGUGUUGAUCCUCGGCAAAGAAGAGAAGAAUCUUCUCAUAUACUCAAAAGUGUACGAGCUUAUCUACGAAUUAUAUCAAUGCUGCCCCUCCCUCCUACUCUCAGUACUACCACAGCUGGAGUGCAAGUUAAAGUCCGCACAGUUCCCAGAGAGGCUCAGCGGUGUAGCACUCCUUGCGAGAAUGUUCUCGGAACCAGGCUCCGAGCUCGCCAAACAGUACCCCGCACUAUGGCGGGCCUUCCUCGGCCGGUUCAACGACAUCUCGGUACCAAUCAGAAUCAAAUGCGUGCAGUACUGCAUGCACUUCCUAGUACACCAUCCUGACUUGAGGAAAGACAUAACAGAAACGUUAAAGCUAAGACAACACGACGCACACGAACAAGUGCGUUACGAGGUCGUGAUGGCCAUCAUAGCGACCGCACAGAGAGACUUCCAAGCCGUCGCUGAGUCAGAAGACCUCCUCCACUUCGUUCGCGAAAGAACACUAGACAAGAAAUUCAAAAUUCGAAAAGAAGCCAUGUCCGGCCUAGCACUCAUCUACAAAAAGUUCUUAACAGAAGAGAGCGUACCGCCGGCCACAGAGAAAGCAGUCCAAUGGAUCAAAGAUAAAAUCCUCCACGGUUACUACAUGACAGCUUUAGAAGACAGACUCCUCGUCGAACGUCUGUUGAACACAUCCCUCGUUCCCUACACAUUGCCGGCUCCGAUCCGUAUGAAGAAACUGUUUUAUUUAAUGUCAAACGUAGACGAUAAUGCGACGAAAGCCUUUAUAGAACUACAGAAACACCAGUUGGUGGUGCGGCGUACGGUGGGCGAGUGGAUAGAGCUCCACAGAAAGCCGCCGACGCCGGCCGUGCAAAAGGAGAUGAUAGCUAAGGUUCUACAUAUAAGUUCGAAGUUCUUGCCGGAGUCGGUGAAGUCCCAGGAGUUCUUGAACAAGUUCUCUCAGCACAUGAAGCAGGCGCCCGAGCUGCUGCAGGGAAUGGAGACCAUACUGAACCCGAAUGUGAGCUGCGAGGUCUGCGUUCGUACUACAUCAAACGUACUGAAGAAGCUCGGUCAGCCGGUGAUGACGAACCUGUACUACAACACAGUGAAGAUGUUGCUGGAGCGAGUGAGCUCCGUGAUGAUAGACCACGAGUCCCUGCUCAUACUCGUCGGGUACGUCGAGGCCACCGUCAAGGGAACCGACGCUUCUAUGGCUGAGGAGUGUGGUAUUGACGAGAAGAAAGCAGCAGAGCGUGGUCUCAAGCUGCUCGUGAUGCUAUCGUUCGUGUUCCCCUCGCACUUCCUCCACGAAGACAUCCUGAACCGGCUCACGUCGCUGCUGGAGCUGGACGACGAGUCCAUCGCGCCGCAUAUACUGGCCGCACUCACCUUCCUAGGAAAAUAUAGGCCGCUCAGUGAAGCGUGUCCCGCUUUAUUCCCGCGCCUGAUCACAUUGUGCAAAGCAUACGCCGAGGUCGGCACACCGAAACAAGCCAAGAACGCCGUCAGAUGUCUAUUCGUGAACGUACCGGAGCAAAGGACACAGAUAUUCACGGAGAUCCUGGAGACGCUGAAGUCGACGCUGUCGCCGCACUCGGAGCACUACCGCACCGCCAUCGUCACGCUCGGCCACAUCGCGCACAACCUGCCCGAUAACUUCCCCGUGCACAUCAAGAAUAUUGUCUCCAGAAAGAUCGUAAAAGAGCUGCUAGUCCGCGAGGGUGGGUCCAGUACAUCAGUGCCGGACGAGCCGUGGUGCUCCGAGGAAGACCUGCCUGAGGAGACACGCUGCAAACUCGAGGGUCUCAAGUGUAUGGCGCGGUGGUUGCUCGGCCUCAAGAAGGAUGAACUGUCCGCGCAGAAGACCUUCAGGAUGUUGAACGCUUUCAUCGUACAUAAAGGAGAUUUGUUACAGCAAAACCGUCUAUCAAAAGCGGAGAUGGCGCACCUCCGCCUGGCCGCCGGCGCCGCCAUGUUGAAGAUAUGUGAACAGAAGGGAGUGGGAGACCAGUUCACUGCGGAACAGUUCUACAACCUCUCACAUUUGAUGGUGGACGAUGUACCACAAGUCAGAGAAGCUUUUGCCACGAAAUUACAUAAGGGAUUAUCAAAGGGUAUCCCGAACAAGUGCCUGCCGCUGGACUUCAUGGGUAUGUACGCGCUGGCGGGGCGCGAGCCGGAGCGGCGCGUGCGCAGCCUGGUGCGCCAGUACAUGCUGGCCGACGUCGUGCGCCGCAGGGAGUACGUGCGGAACAUCACCGUCGGGACCAAGGUAGAGCGUGCAGUGAGCCAACUGCCCCACAUCCUGCCGGACUACAUGUUGGUGUUCGCGGUGCCCAUCCUCACACACGACCCCAGCUUCACUGCGUACGAUAACGUCGCGCAACUUAAGGUAAUAAAGAACUGCCUGUGGUUCAUCCUGGAGCCGUUGAUCACGCGCAACGACUUCUACUGCUACGGGUUCUACAAGAGCCUCGUGGAACGCAUGAAGCUGCACAAGGACGCGCUCUGUGAGACUGAUGAUGCUGUUAACUAUAAACUGUGGGCAGUAUGCGACCUGGCGAUGUCGGUGAUCUGGGCGCGGUCCCAGAACUUCGAGCUGCGCGAGUUCCCGUCGGACGCGCGCAUCCCGCGGAUGUACUUCGCGCCGCAGUCCGAGUACUUCGUCAACACGCGCGUCUUCCUACCGCCUGAACUACAGUUCCAACCCAAGAAACAAGCGGCGGGCGAGCCAAACGUCCCUCGGACCAAGAAGCGUCCGCGCCCCAUUACCGAACGAGAGAACACUAACGACGUUGAGCAUACUGUGGGACGGUCCGGAAGUAUAGACGCAAAGGUAAACUCUAUAGACCAUAGUAUUUUAAAUAUCUCUCUAAUGAUCACCAAUCCCUCAGAAGCGUCAGAUACACAGAUACAACUGCCAGGCCUAGAGAAUCCACCUGAAACGGAACUAGAAGAGCCUCAAGCAAAGCGCGCGGUCAGCGACUGAAACCGACCGCACGCUGGACCAUCGAGCGCGCCCGGCGAGUAAGUACCACCAUAGACAUAGAUAACCUGACCGCACUAACGUCACUUUGACAACCACCUGUCAAUGUCAACCGUGACACCUGUCAAACGUGACGUUUCAAUACGAACUGUCAGUUUUGUAUGACAUCUGAGAAAUUGAUAUUGUAUAUAAGAAGAAAUCAUCCGCUGCAUCUUGUAAUAGUUUUAAAUUAUUCGUCUCUGUCGAAAGAUUUGUAUGAAAUUUUUUAAUCAGCUUUUUAGAUUAUCGAUUAUGAAAAUUGUAUGUAAACAAAAUCAAAUGUGAAUUAUGUGUGACAAUUGGAAAUUGAACUGUCAAUUGUUAUUGAUUACUGUCAUAAUAAGCUUAACAUGUAUGUAUGGUACGUCUUCGUAUUUCUUAUUAAAAUUGGUUUUAAUCGUGUUUGCAAGACAGCGAAAAUUAGGUUAAGAAUUUGAAUAAAAACUGUCAUACAAUAUUUCAAACGAAUGUGCUUUAAAAGUAAAUAGAACUAUGAGGUCUAUUGCUAAACAAAUGUAAGGAAAAUCUACUCCCUAGCGUCCCUAUAAAUGAAUUUGUAUAAGAUUUACUUAAAAUCUAAAAAGGUUUAAUCAAUAAUAUCUUGUGUCAAGGUUAUCUAUCGUCGAUGUUGGCACUGUAAUAAAUCAUACAAAUCUCAUACAAGAUGGUGAUCAAACGUUUUAAUGUUAAUGAAUGUGGAAAUUUAGCCGUUGUUUUGACGAAACAGCUCUCUUAAAUAGCAAAAAUUAAAUAAUAUUUGAAAAACAGUCCAUGCGUCUUCGUGUUAUCGCUGAAUAUACAUAAAACCGCGACAUAAUUGGCUACGGUCGUAAAAUUAUGUAACUUAUUAUGAUUUUAUCACUUUAAAAAUGCGUUUUACUAAUUGCUUAAUUAUUUCAUUUUAAUAAAAUACUGUCAUAUACUUCUAUUAUGGAUUAUUUAUAACAUAAAAGGUCUGUUUCGUCAAUCAACAGCUAAUUUAAAGCCCAAACAGUUAAAUUUGACAAAGAUAAAAUUGCGCCAAUAGUUAAACUACUACUUUUUUGACUAUCUCUCUAAAAUCUAAAGAGAAUAUAUUAAAACAUUGGCAAUAUUUUGUCUAAAUUAUCUGUCUAGGCUGGAAUCUAGGACAAAACUCAGUCAAGUAUUUAUAAGCUUAACCCUAUGAAGACUGGCUACUCGUAUACACCUUACUAAUGAACGAAUGAAUGAUUUCACUAAACCAUUCAUUCAGUGAACGAGUGAACGGAACACAUCGUUCAUUCAUCAAAGGAUCGUUUCUUCUGUGACUUUGAAUAUUUUUUUGGUUUUGACGUGAGAUAUAGAUUUUUAAUUUCAUUUAUAAUUUUAAUAUGAAUAAUUCUGAAUAUAUUACGCUUAUUAUUAUAUAAUUAUUGCCAAUUAUCUAUUUUAUUUGCUUUUAAUUUUAGUAUGUAGUGACAUCAAUAGACAAUUUUAAUACUCAGUUUAUUUUAUUCCGCCGUUGGCCUCCUACGACGUGUUUUAAGUGUUACUGCGUUUAGCCUUCUGAUGGUUGGAUAAUUUGAAGCAGGCCAAUGAGAGGGUUGUAUGCAAUGUCAUAUGUAUGGUCGCAGGGAGUAACUGGAUGAAAGUCACUUCCAACCGACUGAUCAGUAACUCUUAGUCCGAAUUAGCUUUAUAUUUAACGAAAUUAAAACGAUAGCGCGUUCGGCGCUCUGAUUGGUUGGUUCAUUCGAGCCGGCUAAUCAGAGCGCCAAACGCGCUCUCGUUUCAAUCUAGUUGAACGUAAAGUAAACUCGUACUAAGGCUCCUGCAAGUCAUUGGAGGAGGCGUAUGUUCAGCAAAGGACGUCCUAUAGCUAAUAUGUUGUUCCUAACAAUGUUUAAUAUAUCUCACGUCAAAACCAAUAGCGAAAUAUAAAUCGAAAGUGAUUAUGGACAUGUAAAUAAAUCAAUAAUUAUUUUUUAUUAUUAUAAUACAAAUUACGGACUUUCAAUAGGAAUACUUUGAUUAAAUCAUUGUGUAUUAGAUCAAUGUUAUUAUAUGUAUUGCAGACAGACAGACAAAUGGAUAUUUUUCGUAAGUUAUAGUAAAUCUCUAUAUAUUUAUGUUUGAUUAUUAUUAAAUAGUAAAUAAUACACUUUAUAUGAUUUAAUGUAAUUGUGUGGAGGUUCGAUUUAUUGUAUCUAAAUGUGGAAUAAAUUGCAGUACUUAUAAUACAAAAUAUUGUUAUACAUAUAGUAUAGUAAAAAAACUACACAAGAAAAUUAGGAUCGAUUUAAUGGUAGAGCCCUAUAAAUUUGGUGGCUCUCUAUAUAAACAGAAACACAGUUAGUUAUGUGUCUCACCGCCGUACUCUGUCGUUUAAUGGUUACUUAACCCAGUCCUUAGCAAUUGUUUUCGAAACAAAAUCGUUACUAAGGAAUAGUUUAAGUAACCAUUAAAUGUCUGAGUGCGGCAGUAAAUGUCAAUAUAAUAAAAGAAGUAGAGAUUAUAAAUACUUUAAAUCGAACUUACGACACUGAGGACUUGUUUUAAAAUGUUUGAUUAAGUUACUGCUAGGCUAGCUUAGCGGAGAAUUCCGUCAAUAGAAGUCUAGUAUAAACUUAAUGAGACAUUCUGAAACAGACCUUAAAAUAUUAAUAUUAUGACAUAAAAUCGUGCAAAAUAUACCAAUAUCAGAUUUAAUAAUCCAAAUUAUGUCGACCAAAAGGUAUUUAUUAUACCUUAAAUUGAAUAUAUUAGAGGUUGUUGCCUAUGUACCUAAGUUUCUAUGUAUAAUAAUUUACUUAGAACAUAAUACAUAAUAAAUUGCUCAACAUUUCUUUCCUACAACCUUCAUAUAAUAUUAUGCUAAAGAAACAGACAGACGUAGUUCAUUUAUUAUUCAAAUCUUAUUUAGAUGCACGCGUAAAUUAUACAUAUUUACUCAGGUACACAAGUAAUAAAGACCUCGGAAAUUGGCGGUGAAUCAAAUUGUAACUUAAUGUCAUCGUACACAGAGUCUAGUUUACACUGCACUUCAGUAAAUGAGACUUCACAAAUGAGUUUGAGAAACAUUACUAAAGAGUGUAAACUUACCUUGGGAAGUUGCCUUCGAAAUUGUACGAGUUACAAAAGUACGAAUUGUCUUGAAUACAACUCCAGGAUUGAGUAACGAUCUAAGCAUAGAGGUAACGAGUCUGUAUUAUAGAAGUUAAUUGAUAAGGUUUAAUAUCUUAAUGUUUGUUUUAUUCGUUGUUUUUAGUUUUAAUUUUUUUCAUUUCGGCUGGUCGAUGAACGUCUUCUUUAUUUUUUUUAAUUAAUAUUAUUGUAUAGUUUGGACCUCCUUGGAGGACGUGAAUGUUGACUGCGGUACUCUUGUAAUGUUGGUUGGACAUUUAUAUUCUGUGGUCAUCGUAGCGGCUAAUUUUAAGGUUAUAAUUAUGUGUGUUGUCGAUUUUGACCCGUUUUCUGAGAUACGAAUGUGAACACGUUUUAUAAAUCAAACAUAUAUAUAUAUAAAUUUAUGUAAUGUUAAGCGGACUAGUGUUUUGAAACUUGUUUCUCUCGGAUAGGUACAAAGUAAACGAAAUGUUUUGGACAUUUUUAUGCCUAUUUCUAAUAUUAAACGAUCGUGCUACGUAUCUCAGUGACCGGCCUCUAAAUUUAGGUAUUCGUCAACUAAAAAUAAUUUAAUUUCUCGUGAUAUUAUUCUAAAUAUCAAUGUAGGGUUUGUCAGGGAUCGCCCUGUAGUUUCACAAGCACUUGUUUCUAACUCGAUACUAGGUCACAGGUUCAUGGUACAGCUGCUGUAUGAUCUGACGGUUGAUACAAUAUAAGGUUAUAUAGAUUAUUUAAUUUUACUCUAAGUGACGACGUUGCUACCAUUUAUUUGUUUUAGUCUACGCUAUAGGGUUCCCCGCUCCGCUUCGAUGCCCAUACCACUUGUACAAGACCGGCAUUAAGGAAUAACUCUUUUUUUAUCGAUAAAAUUUUUAUUUAAGGUGUACCAAAAAAAUGAAUAUUGGCGACACAGCGCUCGCUCCACUGUCGCAGUGAUUCUCUGUAGUUAUGUAUUAAAAUAAAUAAUAAACACAUUU